UAAAAACACAAUCAUGUUUGCCGCACCCCUCGAGUCCACGGUUACGCGCCUUCAACGGUUUCUCGGUGUGGUUGAUUAGGUAAAAAGCAUCCUCGAUUUUUCAAUCAACAACUCUGUUUUUCAUAAUUUUACAAUUUUCGUCAGAGUAGAAUCAGAUUCCAAGCCCAAGUAAACAGCACAAAUCGUAAGCUAUACAAUUAAUUAGAGAAAAGGAAAAAUCCAGAUAGCACACCAAUAUGGAGAAAGUGAUGAAUGUUCUGAAGCCGAAACCAAAUCCGCAGCAGCUACUGAGAGAUUGGCAGCGUAAGCUCCGGCAAGAGUGCCGCAACAUUGAACGCCAGAUCCGAGAUAUACAGAAAGAAGAGAAGGGUGUGCAGAAAGCGAUCAAAGAGGCUGCUAAAAGAAAUGACAUGGGUUCUGCUAAGGUUCUUUUGACUAUAAUUCUGUGUAAUCUGAAGCUAAUUUUUUGAUAUUAUUACUUAUAUUUCUUAUUGAGUUAUAAUUAGUGAUUACUUGGUUAACUUGGCAUGAUUUUUGUGCAAUUUAUUCGAUAUAUUGAUUGAAUUUUAUUUGGAAGUUUUGAUUGUUAGCGGUUUUUAUGCAUUUUAUUUGAAGGAUUCGUAAAUUGAGGGAUAAAAGGCUUCAACUUUGGUUGAUUACCCAUGCAUUAUGUAUCGACAAAAUAUGCCCUAGAUAUUUUGUACUAAACUUUCCUGUCAUUAUGAGUUAGAAGUGCUAGUUAAGCCCCCGUUUGGCCCCCAUUUUCAGAAAAUGAAAAUGAGUGGAAUAGUAUUUUUUUUGAAAAAUAAGUGGUUGAAAUAGAAUGAAAAGUUUUCGAU